CUUAAAAACGUUUUUUUUUCCAUUAAUUUCAUGUGUGUCAAACGAUAAAUAAAAUCUACGUGCAAAUGGAAAAAUAAUAAAACUUUUCUACUAUAAAACCUGUUUGUUUGUUAGAAAACCUAUUUUCUUUGUUAGCAAAACUGUUUAAAUAAAAUGAUUAUAAAAUCCUAAAAAUGAAACAUUUUAGUUCAAACAAGAUUCAAGCGACAGACCAAACAGUUUUAUGUUUUAAAAACAUAAUUUUUUAUUUGUGAAUAUCUGAAAAUAAUUUUAAAAAAAUAAAAUGAUGAAUGAAAAAAUAAUAAAUGGAUGUGGAGUUCAUCUCGCCUAUAAAGUAUUUUCACCAGACAAAUUCUCCAAACAAUGGUCAGAUGGUUUUAACAACAGGAAAACAAAUCUAGAAAAUGAUGAUGCUGAACAUUUAGAUGAAAGGCAUCCUCCAUCGAUUCUUCUCCACGGAUUGGCAAAUACCAAAGAAACUUGGGAUGAUUGUGCUCAAGGAAUUGCCAACGGAACCAGCACAUUGGUGUACUCAUUGGAGGCAAGAAACCAUGGGGACAGUGGUUGGAUUGAUAAAAUAGAUUACAACAACUUGGCGGAUGACGUUGCAUGCUUCAUGGACUCUAUGGGAAUUCCAACAGCCAUUCUCAUUGGUCACAGUAUGGGUGGUUUAACUGCAAUGAACUUCGCAUUCAGGCAUCCCCAUAGACUCCAUUCUAUUAUCAUAGAGGAUAUGUCACUUAACAGUUCCCCGGCGAUUGAUAAAUGGUGCAAAGAUUACAUAAUCAUGCUGAGGAAAGUGCUGCACUUAAUUCCUCCGGAAAAAGAACUACCGGAAGCCAAGAUCAUCGCUGCCGUUUAUCUUGACAACCGACCACUAGAAGGAAAACCAUCGGAAGCCAAGAAAAUCGCUUCCGAUUAUCUUGACCACCGACCAGUAGUAAAAACAGAGGAGAGCACCUAUAAUAACGCUCUCCAACCCGUAAAGUGGGUCGGCCGAGAUCUCGCCCUCAGAGUGAACUCCAGUGGAGAUGGAUUUGAGUGGAAGACUAAUUUAGAUGUCUUGCAGAAUUUAAUGGAGAGUGGAGAAUUCACACCCUGUAGCAUACAAGGGAUUGAAAAAGAAAUGACAUAUGAAGGUCCCGUCUUAAUGAUCUAUGGCACAUCUUCACCGGUUAACGUGCCAAGCGACAAAGAAGUGUUUCUCAAUCAUUUUCCAAAUGCUGUCUACGAAGCAGUGGAGGAUGCAGAGCACAGAGUUCAUAUUGGAUAUCCAGAAACUUUUACAAGAUUAGUGUGCGAAUUUAUAUUGAAACAUCGACAUUUAAAAUGCAACAUUUAAUGUUUCCCUUAAAAUUUCACCGAAAACUGAAUAAUUGUAUUUCAAGUUGUAAAGAAAUUACAAUAAAUAUAAUGUUCUCUUG